UGCAUUAUGGCCUAUGGGUUUCACUUUUCGCGUACUAAUAUUUGCAAGUGAAGUAUACCUCGGAUCAAUAAAGAUUUCACAAAAUAUUAAUUCGAAUAGUUAAGUAUUGAAAAAGAAAUUAAUUGUAUUUAAAUAAUGUGAAGUGCUUUCCCUGAAAUAAUUCAGUAAUAUACAAGGAGUGUUCUAAUAAAUAUUAUUCAAGAUGAGUCAAACGCGCAUUGAAAAUAUGUGCCCUGCAACGCAUCUUCGUGUAAUUUUGCCGUCUGCUAUGGAAGCCAAUAAUAUGCCACCAACUUACAUUGAUAUCAGUGGUCACAACAUGGACAUUCCACCUCCUCAGCCAGAUUUCUCAGCUCCACCACCAUAUGAUGUUGCAGCAAAUUCUAAGCUACCAACAUAUGAAGAAGUACAGCGUGAAAAGCAAAUGGAAGGGGAGGGACCACAACUACCAAAUCACCCUACAAUAGCUGCAUUUGUGACGAUGGAACCUAGGGAUCCAACUGCAGAGCAACUGGACCCAGAGAACAAUUUGCUUGGUACUGAUAUCAUGUUUUUGACUUCCUUUUUCGUGGCAUUUCUAUUCAACUGGAUCGGGUUCCUUCUGCUGAUGUGUUUUUGUCACACGGUGGCAAGUCGCUACGGAGCGUUGGCUGGCUUCGGUCUGUCACUCGCAAAGUGGACACUCAUUGUUAAGCACUCCACUGAACUCGCAUCUCAUGAGAAUUCCUGGCUCUGGUGGCUCAUUAUGGCUUUUGGUAUCCUAAUCUGUGUUCGUGCGAUCAUUCAGUACCUAAACAUAAAGCGUGGAUGGCGUCUACUGUCCGGCACGGCUCAAGAGCGACUGCUCUUUUUCUAUUAAAUUACAUAUAUCUAUCUCGCUCGCACUCACUUCUAUUUCGUAUAAGUGUGAAUGUGUUAAACAGAUAACCGAUAACUCAAAGUUUUCGGGCUAAUAUGUAGUUUUUGUUCAUAUAAAUGAUUUCCAUACGUUUUGCUAAAACUGAAAUUUAAUUAGUGUAUGUAAUGUAUUGUUAUUCAUUUAUUUCAGUGGUAUUGGUGUUAUUUUUAUUAAAAUUACAUUGAAAUACUCUUAUUGUGUAGGUUUAUGAUAAUAUGUAUUUUGUGUGAAUUGAAAUCUUGUCAAAAUGUCCAAAUAUACAAAUUUUGUCGGCAAGAAUCGUUUUAGAAACUAGAGGUUAAUUUGAACGUGCUUUCUGCAAUGUUUAGGGCUUACUUUGACACCAUUCAAAUUAAGGCUUUUUGUUUUGUGUAUCUGGACAUUUACAGAAAUUAAAAAAAUGUCUUGAUUGUUCCACUUCACCAAAAACCUAAAACUAUCUUAUAGUCGAAUGGUAUUCAGUAUAAUUUAAUUUGUACCUGAAAAUAUUUGAAUUUAAUAUAACAUGUUUUUGUUCUUCAAUAACUCAAAUAAAAAAAACUAUUCAACCUUAGGCGAGGAGAUAAAAAUUGACAAGUGACAUUUCAAGAUGGCGGCCAUAUGGGUCAUUUCACAAGUGAGGCUAUAGUUAUUUUAUUUUAAUUUUGACAUUUAAAUAUGAUUUAGGAUUUAUUAUACAAACUUUCCAAUAAAAAAAAUUAUACAAACGCUUUGUAUUGUAAAGCGAAAGAUUUAUUUUGAUACCAUAUAUAGGUAAAAAAAAGUCUUAUAAAUGAGUUCUAUGUAAAUAUAUUAUUUGUAUAUACUUAAUUGUACUCUAGUUAAAUAUUGAUUAGUUUAUAUCUUGUUUACAUUAAUGUAUAGUUUCGAUAUGGUCUUAUUAAAUGUAUUGCUUCAAUCAGUAGAAUGUUGUGACGUGAGUCAUGAGAGUAAUAAAUGUUCGAAUGUCGUAUAAGA